CCAAGUGCGUGUUGAUGGCAGUCGGACGUACACGGUUCAUUACACACCCGCUGUACCAAACAAAGUCUGAUACACCACAAGUGGAAUUGAAAUUGGCGACUUACUGGUCAUCGGAAUCUGCUUUCCAAGUGAUGGCUAUUACUCCAUCGAAGUUAUCCAGCCAUACCAACUCGACAUGGACGCUCUGGUCUCCGUCGGUUCGCGGGACGAGCUUGAGAAGUCUGACAGUUACGACGGCAAGAAGUUCUACUUCGACUCCACAACAAACAUGCUGUGGUACAAAUUUGUCAACACUGAGUCCCGGUCCCCGACAGAAUUACGAGACUGCAAUGGUGGUCAAUCUGGGCCCCGUGCAGAUCGACAAUACACAAAUAUCAUCGAACUGGAACGGAGACCCUCCAUCUAAUUGGGGUGCAGGUUCCUCUUGGCCAUUUGUGGACCGGGUGGCCAUCAGUGGUGGAUGGGGAGAUUGGAGUGUUUGGUCCGAGUGCUCCAGAACUUGUGGAGCAGGCGGAAGUCAGUACAGGCGCUGUGACAACCCACAUCCGGCGAAUGGCGGAGUGUCUUGCGAAGACGAUUUCCUCCAGAGGGAAGACUGCAAUACGCAUGCGUGCACAUAAAAUUGAGAAUGUUCUAACGCGUAUAAUGUGUUUAAAGUUUUAAAAACAAAUGUUUGUAAUAAAGCAUAAUGCAUUUUAUCAAUAUCAUUUAUUUUUACAAUAAA